CUUCCUGUUUUGUUUCCACGUGUGUGUCGUGCUGAUGUUCACACCGGUUCACAUCAGUACUUCAGCGUGUACAUGAUUAUAUAUGUGUUGUGUUUAAAAGCUCAGCCUGGGCACAUUAAAGAUGCAGGUUUCCAGCGUCAAUAACGUCAAGAUCUAUAAUCUGAGUCACGGCAAAUCCCUUCCGGAGUGGCUGUCGGAUCGAAAGAAGAGAGUUUUACAGAAGAAAGAUAUCGAUAUCCAGAGGAGGAUCGAGCUUAUCCAGGAUUUCGAGAUGCCCACUGUCUGCACCUCCAUCAGAGUGUCUCGGGACGGACAGUACAUUCUAGCUGCAGGCACGUACAAGCCGAGAGUUCGCUGUUAUGACACUUAUCAGCUGUCCCUGAAGUUUGAGAGGUGCCUGGACUCUGAUGUGGUGACGUUUGACAUCCUAUCUGACGACUACUCGAAGCUGGUGUUUCUGCAUAUAGACCGUUAUGUGGAGUUUCACUCUCAACACGGCCACUACUAUAAGACCCGCAUCCCGAAGUUUGGCCGAGAUUUUUCCUACCACUCCCCGUCCUGUGAUCUCUACUUUGUGGGUGCCAGUUCAGAGGUCUUCAGGCUGAAUCUGGAGCAGGGCCGAUUCCUCAACUCUUUGCAGACAGAUGCUGUAGAAAUGAAUGUGUGCGACAUCAACCCUGUGCAUCAGCUGUUUGCUGCAGGAACACUGGAGGGGAGAGUGGACUGCUGGGAUCCUCGUGUCAGGACCCGCGUGGCCGUUUUGGACUGCGCUCUCAGCAGCAUCACUGACAACACAGAGGUUGAAGGUCUGCCGUCCGUCAGCGCGCUGAAGUUUAAUGAAUCUCUGGGUCUGGCGGUGGGCACCAGCACUGGACAGGUUCUCGUCUAUGAUCUUCGCUCCUCGCGUCCGCUGCUCGUUAAAGAUCAUUAUUAUGGUCUUCCUAUUAAAUCCCUUCACUUCCACAACUCACUGGAUCUGGUGAUCUCUGCCGACUCCAAAAUCAUCAAGAUGUGGAACAAAGACAACGGAAAAGUGUUUUCCUCCAUUGAACCACAGGCCAACAUCAAUGACGUGUGUCUCUACCCUGCCUCUGGUAUGCUGUUCACUGCCAAUGAAGAUCCCAAAAUGAACACCUUCUACAUUCCCGCUCUCGGUCCUGCUCCGCGCUGGUGCUCUUUCCUGGAUAACCUGACGGAGGAGCUGGAGGAGAACCCGGAGAGCACCAUCUAUGACGACUACAAGUUUGUGACCCGCAAAGACCUGGAGAACCUGGGUCUGGCUCAUCUGAUUGGCUCUCCUUUGCUAAGGGCCUACAUGCACGGCUUCUUCAUGGACAUCAGACUCUACCACAAGGUGAAGACCAUGGUGAACCCAUUUGCUUACGAGGAGUACCGCAAGGACAAGAUCAGGCAGAAGAUCGAGGAGUCCAGAGCUCAAAGAGUCCAGCUGAAGAAGCUGCCGAAGGUCAACAAGGAGCUGGCCCUGAAGCUGAUGGAGGAGGACACUGAGCUGACAAACAAGAAGAAGAAGAAGAAGACCAACGUCGCCGGGAAUCUGCUGAUGGACGAGCGCUUCAAGGUGAUGUUCGAGAACCCGGAUUAUCAAGUGGACGAGCGGAGCGAAGAGUUCAGACUGCUCAACCCCAUCAUCUCUACUGUGGCGGAGCGGAGGAGGAAGAGCCUGCAGGAGGAGGAGCUGGAGGAGCAGGCUGAGGAGGAGCAGGAGCCGGAGGGCCGCGGCAGCUCAGAGGACGACAGCUCAGAUGAGGACGAUAAAGGCUGGGUUCAGGAGGUGCGCGAGCAGCGGCGUCUCCUGCGCAUGGAGGAGCGAGAGCGCAGCUUCAUCCAGAGGCAGGAGAGACGCCAGCAGGACCGAAACACCCGCCUGCAGAGCUCCGAUCCACACACACAGCAGAGCCACGGUGCGCAGCAGCCCCGAUUCUACCAGAUCAAGAGCGGAGAGGAGUUUCGCAGCUUCAGCGAUGUCUCCCGCAAGCAGAAGACGCACAAGGCAUCUUUAGAGGAGCGUCUGCAGCGUUUGGAGAAAUCAGACACACUGAGCCUCAACGACACCGCAGUGGGCAGCAAACAGCUCACGUUCACCCUUAAGAAGACGGAGAAGCAGCGUUUCCAGCAGCAGGCUGAGCGAGACCAUCACGAGGAGAGGAGGAGGAUCAGACGCUCCGCUGGACACUUGCACUCAAACAGAGGAAGAGGAGGAGGAGGAAGAGGAAGAGGCGGUGGUAGAGGAAGAGGCGGAGGAAGAGGAAGAGGAAGGAGACCGUUUUAACCUGACAAACAGGACUUUAAAAAAAAGGUUGGAUCACAGACAUCUGCAGGAAGAACUUUUACAUUGAAGAGACUGUUGUAAAUGUUCUGUUACAGAUGCAGCGUGUGUGUGUGUGUGUGUGUGUGUGUGUGUUUGUAUAUCACAGUUGGGACUUAAACCUGAAUGCACACAGACUCAUGGGGACUUCCAAAAUCAAGGUCUCCAUAGGUAAAUCACAUGCUUAUUACCACACAGAUUUCAUUACACUGAUAUGAUUCAGUGGAUUUACUCAUUUUUUAAGGUAAGUGGUUGCAAACACUUUAUUUAGGCUGAAUUUAAACAAACAAAAUGAAGCUGAACAUUACUACAUUUAAUUGGAUUGUUUAAAUUCAGCUCAUAUAAACUGUUUGCAACCACUUACCUUACAAAAUAUGGAGUAAAUCCAGUGAAUCACUAUUUUUAGUGUAUUUUGAAAGUGCAAAAGUGCAGAUUGAGUGUUGGGUUUAGUUUGUUUUGUAUCGUGAAUACAUCAUUACGUCUAUGAGAGUCUCCACUGUGAUAUAGGAACGUGUGUGUGUGCACCAGACUUCCCUAUGUUCCACAACAUCUCUCCGUACAGUCUAAACACAACCCUGUGUUUGGUGAAGAAUCAUAAAACAUCUUUUUUAUCAACA